CCACACACAAACACACACACAUUGUGCAGAGUUAAGUCAGGAGCCUGGCUGAAGAAUCAUCUGCUCUGAACGUCUCUACGACACAGACUGUGCAGGCAGUGUGAGAGAAGAACAAUGUCAGGACCGAGGCCCGUGGUGCUGAGCGGCCCCUCCGGAGCAGGGAAGAGCACCCUGCUGAAGAGGCUGAUGAAGGAACACGAGGGCGUCUUCGGAUUCAGCGUGUCUCACACAACAAGAAACCCUCGACCAGGAGAGGAAGAUGGCAAAGGGCUGAACAAGCUCCCCAUGCUUCUGGGGGCUACUUUACUGCCCGUAGCAGACGUCUUAUCCUCUGAAGACUUAGAAAUGUCAACCUCAUUUUCGUGUCCAAACGAAUCAGAAACCGCAGAUAAAGAUUACCACUUCACAACGAGAGAGGCCAUGCAGGAGCGAAUCGACAAAGGAGACUUCAUCGAAAACGCUGAGUUUUCUGGCAACAUGUAUGGAACGAGUAAAGCUGCCAUAGAAGACGUGCAGGCCAGGAACCUAAUCUGCAUCUUAGAUGUCGACAUCCAGGGAGUGAAGAGGAUUAAAGAGACUGACCUGAACCCCAUCUACAUCUCCAUCCAGCCUCCAUCCAUGGAGAUCCUGGAAAAGCGACUGAGGGACAGGCAGACAGAGACAGAGGAGAGCUUACAGAAACGCCUGGAGGCAGCACGCGUUGAUAUGGAGCUCAGUCAGGAGCCCGGAGUGUUUGAUGUUGUUAUCGUCAAUGACGACUUAGAGAGGGCCUACGAGGAGCUGAAAGAGAUCCUCAAUGAAGAAAUCAAAAAAGUUCAGGAGGCCAAAUCAUAAGAGGGGAAGAGUGAGACAGUCUUUCUGCUGCUGGACAGAACCAACACUUGUGACUCACACAAACACACAAAAGUUUGUUUUUCUUUUACCCUCAUGUUAUACGGUCAGAGGUUUCAUGCUCAAUGACGCUCAGACAGGAAAGAGGGACGCUGAAUUGAAAGAUUUUGUUCUCGACCGAGAGAACGUGGGCUUGUGUUAGAUUUAGUGAAGUCAGUGGUCGAUAUCUAGGUAUGAAAAUCCAAAUCCAUACAUUUCUGCCAGCUGGCUCAGCUGCCAGGUAAAAGAAAACGAUAGGUACAACUGCCAAACUAUGUGCUACAUUUGAUGUUUAUAGUUAAAGUAGUCUUAAAGUUUGGCACUGGCCUGCCCGCAAGUGUGGAGUACACAUCAGUACCACCAGGCAGUACCUGGUACACACACACACUGCAAGAAGCUUCAAAAAUAGUGACAUUUUAAUCUAUUUGUUUUGUUGAUUUCUAAUACCGUAGCAAUAAAUUCACUCAUAGUUAAAUGUAUUAUAGAAGAUGUUGCUGAUUUACUUUCAUGACUAAUAUUAUUAGUAUUUAAAUAUUAAUUCAAUAUUACUUGAAGUCGGUGCA